AUGACCAGCAAGAAAGAAACUUCACGAGUGGCCAAGUUACUCAAGACGCCUCUCAUGGCGUGUACCAUACACGCGUCACGCUUCGGCGCGUUUGACGGCACCCGCCUGAAUAUCGUGCCGGCACGGACGGAAGGCUUGCGAGAACAACUGAAAGAGGCGCUGGUCCGGGAUCUGAUCGACGACGCUCCUUUCGAGUUCAUGUGGUUGGGCACUUUUGGAGCUGCAAACGCUGGCGAAUCGCUUGUCAAGGCCAUCAUUGACCCAAGCGUGAGUCUGGAGGAGGCGCUUGGGGGUCACAGACAGAGGUUUACUCCCUACUUAUCCCAACUAUUGGCGCUGCGAGGACUGAUUGCGUUCGGGGUGCUGGAACAUUGUAUGGAGAAACGGGGCGCCCAAGCUUUGAUCGAUACUGGAGCGCUGCUGGCUGGCGUGGCAAACCAUGACGCGGCUGAAUUCCUCCUCUUACAACCAGAUUUUGAGUUUCAGGGCGUGACGUACUACGACAGUCGCGAGGCGUUCAACUGCUGGGUGGUUGUGGAGAAGCAUCGACGCCUUGUGACGCCGCUGAAGAGCGCGUCGAUGCACGAGAAGGAGACGUUCGUGAUCUUCGACGAGGCGCGAUCGCGAGGAUCCGACAUGAAAUUGCCUCACGAAGCCUCGGCCUUGCUGACUCUGGGCCCGAAGCUCACGAAGGACAAACUGAUGCAAGGUGCGGGUCGGAUGCGGCAGCUCGGAUGCAGCCAAACGCUGUGGAUCGCGAGCUUCGAUGAGGUAGCGCAGAGUGUUCUGCAAAGUAGCGACAAGAGUGAAGUCUCGGGCUUGACUGCUGUCGACGUGCUGAACUGGGUCGUGGACAACACGAAAGCGGAGUCUGUACGUGGAUUACUGGAGUGGGCCGGCAACGGCAUUCACUUCCGCAAGACGCAGCUGGACCCAACCACUGAGUUGAUUGAUGAGAAUUGGUCGCUGGAAUUCUUGUACGAAGGAAACCUCAAGCCCGUCAAGCUUUCGCACGCCAUUGAGACCAAGGUCCGGGGGCUGGACGAUGCGCUGAUUGCUCGAAUCUGUGAACGAGGCGCCAAAUACGGACUGGACGACGAAGUGUACGUGAGCUUGCACACGGACGAGUGCGAGCGCGAGCUGCAGGUGGAAGAGGAAGUGCAACACCAGCGGGAGCUCGAACUGGCGCAAUACAUCCCCGCAUCGGAGAAGACGUGGAACUAUAGUGCCACCUUGCAGGCGAAGUCUGUGAAGGAGCUGGCUGGAGUCGUGGAGGUCGUCGACAUGGAGAGCUUCAUUCGCAAGUGGGUUCGGCCUGAGGCAGUCGCUGACUUGGCUUGGUCCCGCGCUCGCAUCUUCGGCACUGAAAACUUUUUCUCGACCAUUCUGGCGCGUGAAGGCAAGGAUCAGCUGAGUGACUUCCUGGGCGUGGUCGAUGUGAUGGUGGUGCUUGGUAACGGCGAGGUUCUGCUGGUGUCCGGGUGCGAGGCGGACCACAUCCUGCAGCUGCUGUGGUCAAGCCGCAGAGAUUUGGCCAAGAUCAGCGUUCGCUUUGUCAACCUCGCCUUCGCUUACAAGAGUAUCCGAAGUGUUGAUGCUACAGCCAAGUUUGGUGAUGGAAUCGAUCUAGAGCUCGGGUCCGGCGCUGGUGCUGGUAGUCUGACGUUGCUGGCGACAGUUGCGAGCCACGUCUACAACGGCGAGACAAUGGUUGCGAGAGGGACGUUGAGCAACUUUGUCAAGUCGCGCGGCAACACGCACAAGUGGACGCACUCGUUCCUGCAGGAGCUCUGCGCCCGCAUGGACCUGGACGACUGCAUCUAA